AAAAAAAAAAAUUGGGAAAAAAAAACUCUCCGACUCGAAAGAAGAGGGAGAGAGAGAGAGAGAGAUGAAGAAGUCGGUCGGAGCAGAGAAGAAGAGAGUUAAACGAUCAUCGGGAUCUGCAUCCACCUCCGUUAGAGAUUCUGGUUCCGAUGCUCAACCUAGGAAGCAAGCUGUGAAGAAGGAUACGUUUCAGUUGUUUGCUGAGAAAGUUAGAGAUCACAAGGGUUUAGAAUCCAGAUGGGCUGUUAUGGAGCAAGCACGAGUUGAAUACUUUAGAGGCAAAGAUUUUGUGAGCUUCAUGAAGAAUAACCCUGAUUUUAAAGAGAUUCUGGAAGAAGAUAAAGACCUCGAUACAGACGAUAUUGCCAAUGUUUUGUUGGGAAAGAACCUUUUGGUCCGCUGUGAUCGUGUUACUAAAACCCUUCGUCCUGGGAAGAAAAAGCUCUCUACCUGGCCUGCUCAUCUCGAGAUUUUCCGUGAUGAUCAAUCUUUCUCUGAAAAUGAUGCCUUUUUUGCAUGGACCUUCGAAAAACGACAUCCACUAUGGCAAACACUUUUGUCCUUCUUCUGGCCUGUAUUGACUCUCGCAAUUUGUUUGUUUCCUGUGUACCCACACCGUUGCAAACUAAUUGUACUCUACUCAUGCGCGGGCAUUCUUUUGAUGAUUCUCUCUUUGCUUUUCGUGAGAGCAGUUGUUUUCGGUGCUAUGUGGAUUCUUUUGGGAAAGCGUGUCUGGGUCUUCCCUAACAUUCUAGCCGAAGAAGCCACAUUGAAGGAACUGUUCCGUUUCUGGCCAAAGAAAGACGAGGAAGAACCACCCAAGUGGACAUCUCGACUUUUCUACACAGUAGUGGCUAUUGUUGCUGUCAUGUUGCUUAGGCACCAUGCCCCUGAUGAAGCUGCUCGGGCCAGGUACCAAAGAAGGAUGUCUAACAUCAUUGAUGAUGUCCUAGAGUGGUCACCAAAGCUAGCACUUUCUGGUUUGAUGGAGAAUCAGCAACCUGUGAACAUAACAGAUGCGGCAAACAACUCCUCAGAUGCAGCAGGUCCUGACCAGACUGAAGAUGCUGACCUAGAUGAAACUCAAGGCGAGGAGGAAGCUGAUGGUUGGACUGACCCUGAUCUAAAACCAUAAAAACAAAUAUAGAAACGAAAGUUCAUUGUAACAAAUAAGUCAGCUUAAGUGACCAAGACGAGGUGAGUUCUUAUAAGAAAGUCUUGAAAGAUUUUGUGGUACUUUUUACUCUUUCAUUUUGGCACACUCUGGAAUUUUAGUUUUCA